GAGAGAGAGGAAGGGGGUGGGGAGAGAGAAACACCUAUGUGAGACCUGGCGUCGAAGCAGCAGCCUUGGUGCAGGGCACGACGCCCAGCCCUCCGAGCCACACCGGCCAGGAUGUGAUCAAGAUCUAAAAUGAACCCAGAUACGUUUGGAAAGGUCCUCGUUUGUAAAGUCAUGUCAUGGGAGGGUCUUGAGUUCACUCUUAACUGUAAGUGAGCCAGCGUCCGGAUAACAGGAAGAGUCUGUAACAGGAAAAGUCACUCCCUCAGUCGUGACUUUUGCUCCGCUGGCAGGGACUUUGGAGUCUGUAAAAUGUCUUUACCUGUGACAAAGCACUUUUUAAAUUAGGCCGUUUGUGGGUGACUUGCCAAGUUGUGUUUCACUCUGAUCUUGCCAGUGUGGACCUGACCAAAGAGGAAGCGCCUGGCCCCGUCGGCUCUAGAAGCGGCUCAGCUGGACGCCCCCAGCAGGAGGACGGCAGCAUGUUCUCUCUCGUCACCUGGAACGUGGACGGGCUGGAUCUGAACAACCUGUGGGAGCGGGCUCAAGGGGUGUGUGCCUCCCUCGCUCUGUACAGCCCGGAUGUGAUAUUUCUACAGGAAGUUAUUCCCCCAUAUUACAGCUUGCUAAAGAAGAGAGCAAGUAGUUAUGAGAUUAUUACAGGUCAUGACGACGGAUAUUUCACAGCCAUAAUGUUGAAGAAAUCAAGAGUGAAAUUGAAAAGCCAAGAGAUUAUCCCUUUUCCAAAUACAAAAAUGAUGAGAAACCUUUUGUGUGUGCAUGCAAGCGUGUCGGGAAACGAGCUGUACCUCAUGACUUCCCACCUGGAGAGCACCCGGGGGCACGCGGAGGAGCGCGCGAAUCAGUUUAAAAUGGUUCUGAAGAAAAUGCAGGAGGCUCCCGAGUCGGCCACCGUCAUAUUUGCGGGAGACACAAAUUUAAGGGAUCACGAGGUGAGUGACAGCCGUUCACUGCUGAGGGCGGGUUGUGGCCGUGGAAGCUGGUUCCGGUUCCUUGUGAUAACGCUGGUAAAGGGGCACUUGCCGCUGUCGGUGAAAACCCGGCAAUAGUGACUCAGCCGUGCUCUGUCCAGCCUGGCGGCAGCAGAGGCAGGAGGCCUGCUGUGUGACGGGGGGAAACGGGCGUGUGAGACACGCAGGGCAGUGGGCUAACGAGGGCUCGCGGGAAGUCAGUGGUCAGGGAGCUUAGGAGAGUCACGUUCAUCGUGGGUCUAGUCGCAAGGUGAGGAGAACAGAGUGGAGCGUCAUGGUUGUCCCCUCUCCUGGCACCACGUGUCCAGGGCUGAACGAUGUCUCUCUUUCCUUCGUUCCGUUGGGAUGUAGUGAGGUUUCCAGGGCUUUAUAGACCCAGAACCUGCCUCCCCCUGUGGCCCAGCUCCCAUCAGACAGCGCGGAUGGAGAUGGAGCUUCUGCUCAGGUCCCUGCCACAGCUCAGGGGCAGGACGACUGAGCAGGGAAGGAGAGCGGGCAGGGCUCUGCCCCAGGGAGGCCGUUUCCCAGGAAGGAGGCGGCUCGGCCUCCCGGACGCGGUGUCGGCAUGGGCACAGCCGUGAAGAACGGGGCUUUCUGUCGGC